UUGAGUAUAUCGGAAAUUUUGCGCGGGUGUGUAUUAUUUAACAGCAGCUUAUGUGCGUUAUUUAUCGAGAUGAAAGUAAAAGUUAUAUCGAGAAAUCCAGAUAAAUACAUACGUGAAAGCAAAAAUGAUAUUCACAAGAGCUUCCGUAAUUACGAUAAAGAAUUGCAUCCUUUUCAAAGUACUAGAGAGUACAUACGAGCGCUGAACGCGACUAAGUUGGAAAGGGUGUUUGCAAAACCGUUUGUUGGAAACUUAGAUGGUCAUAAAGAUGGAUUAGCGGUUCUAUCGAAAAGCCAUCUGCAGCUAUCAUUGAUUGCCAGUGGUUCCUACGAUGGCGAAGUUAAGAUAUGGUACAUCUCUAACAACACCUGUUUGACUAGCCUUCCUGCACACGUCGGAUGUUGUCGCGGAAUAACAUUUUCUGCCGAUGGUAAACGCGUCAUUACGAUCGGCGACGACAAAAAAAUCAUGACAUGGGCUUGUGACCAAGAAGAAGCCGAUACACCAAAACCGGUGAAUAUGAUAAUAACAAAAAACAUUCUAGCUUCUCUGUCGCACAGCUAUGAAGGACCAUAUUUUGCUACUAGUGGAGAAUCGUGUCAUAUAUGGGAGGAGAGUCGCAACGAACCUCUGAAAGAACUAAAAUGGGGUGUUGAUAUGCUACAAGAUGUGAAAUAUAAUCCUGUUGAAUCUUCCCUACUUGCGGCAUGCGGCUCCGACCGAGGAAUAAUACUAUAUGACCAGCGUGAAAGCAAACCGCUACGUAAAAUUGUCAUGACGUUGCGAUCAAAUCAGCUAUCAUGGAAUCCGAUGCAAGCUUUCCAUUUUACGGUUGCAAAUGAGGAUUUCAAUCUAUACACCUACGACACUCGUUAUCUUACACAUCCGUGUAAAAUUCACCAUGGUCACGUCGGAUCAGUUACCUCAGUUGAUUAUUCUCCUACCGGUCGGGAAUUUGUGUCAGGCAGCUAUGAUAAAACGAUUCGAAUAUUUGACGCCGGAAAGGCAAAUAGCAGAGAGGUAUAUCACACAAAGCGGAUGCAGCACGUUACUUGCGUCAAUUGGAGCAUGGAUAAUCGGUAUAUAUUUUCCGGAUCUGAUGAAAUGAACGUGCGUAUAUGGAAGGCAAACGCAGCUGAAAAACUUGGGCCAUUGCACAAGCGCGAAAAGAAUGCAUUUAAUUACAACGCGGCCCUAAAAGAAAAAUACGCUGCUCAUCCCUCUAUUAGACGCAUUGCUCAACAUCGUCAGGUUCCAAAACCGAUUUACAACGAACAAAUAAAACAACGUGCUUCUAAGCAGAGAGAAAAACGAAAGGAGCAAAAUAGGCGAGAAAAUUCGAAAACAGGGAGUGUGCCGUAUAUAGCUGAAACAAAGAAAAAGGUCGUUAGUACGGAACAAUAGUUGGUCGGUUGCGAUUUGUUC